AAGCCGUCGUCUCUACCCAAGUUACUGGCACUCGGAUAUGGUUUUGAAGCUGCGCUUGCCGGCUGAAAUGGGAGCUCUCUCUUUCUUGGAGUCCGGUAAAGGGGCUUUUACUCAACUCAAAGGAUUUUCUCCAAAGAAGUGGGAGAAGGCGGCGGGAUGGUCGAGGAGGGCCUGCUGCUCAAUGAGUCAGCGUCCUCCGCCUCCACCGGCUUGGCCUGGUCGCGUUGUAGUUGAAGAAGGCCGAAGAUCAUGGGAAGGUCCAAAGCCUAUAGCCAUAGUUGGGUCAACUGGAUCAAUUGGAACACAGACAUUAGACAUAGUAGCUGAGAAUCCAGAUAAGUUCAGAGUAGUGGCUCUUGCAGCAGGAUCUAAUGUGACUCUUUUGGCUGAUCAGGUAAAAACUUUUAAGCCUCAGCUUGUGGCUAUAAGGAAUCAAUCAAUGUUUGAUGAGUUGAAAGAAGCUCUUGCUGAUGCUGAGCACCAACCUGAAAUAAUUCCUGGGGAAGAAGGUGUCAUAGAGGUUGCACGCCAUCGAGAUGCUGUCACAGUAGUCACUGGGAUAGUAGGUUGCGCGGGGUUGAAGCCUACGGUGGCUGCGAUAGAGGCCGGAAAAGACAUAGCUCUGGCGAACAAGGAGACGCUCAUCGCCGGAGGACCGUUCGUCCUUCCGCUUGCACAUAAACACAAAGUGAAAAUUCUUCCCGCAGAUUCUGAACAUUCUGCCAUAUUUCAGUGUAUCCAGGGCUUGCCAGAAGGGGGACUUCGACGGAUAAUUUUGACUGCAUCAGGCGGGGCAUUUAGGGAUUGGCCCGUUGAGAAGCUCAGAGAAGUCAAAGUUGCUGAUGCUUUGAAGCAUCCAAAUUGGAAUAUGGGAAAGAAGAUUACUGUAGAUUCUGCUACUCUUUUCAACAAGGGUUUGGAGGUAAUUGAGGCACACUAUCUUUAUGGGGCUGGAUAUGAUUCCAUUGAGAUACUAAUCCACCCCCAAUCAAUCAUACACUCAAUGGUUGAAACACAGGAUUCUUCAAUCUUGGCUCAGUUGGGAUGGCCUGAUAUGCGCCUACCUAUCCUUUAUACAAUGUCUUGGCCAGAUAGAAUCUAUUGCUCAGAGAUCACUUGGCCUAGGCUUGAUCUUUGCAAGCUUGGAUCUUUGACAUUUAAAGCACCGGACAAUGUGAAAUAUCCGUCGAUGGAUCUUGCAUAUGCCGCCGGCCGAGCCGGAGGCACGAUGACCGGUGUUCUCAGCGCUGCUAAUGAGAAGGCUGUUGAGAUGUUUAUUGAUGAGAAGAUUGGUUAUCUGGAAAUAUUCAAAGUGGUUGAGCUAACAUGCGAUGCGCAUCGGAACGAGUUGGUCAAACAACCUUCGCUCGAGGAGAUCAUUCAUUAUGAUUUGUGGGCUAGGGAUUAUGCUGCUGGCUUAAAAUUGGCAUCUGGAUUGAGUCCAAUUACCGCUUGAUUAAAAUUUAAAAAAUAUUUAUGCUGUCAUCAAAUAAAAAAAAUGAGUUUUGGUUCAUUUUCA